CGCUACCGGAUGUUUUUUUCUGUAUUGUUCAGACUGACUUGACUAGUGGAUGACGGCUUCAUCGCAGCUUCAGCUGAAGAACAAGCCGACAUCAGCUGAGUUUACACGAAGUACCAUUCUUGUAGCUAUAUUAUAGGAAUUUAUCAUCACGUAAAAUUCAGCAAUAGCAUUUUACAAAGUGACAUUAACUGUUAAGCCAAUGAAAUAACUGCAAUCUGUCGUUGCCACAGAAACAAAUCGGUUAAGGAGAAAUAACAUUACAUCAAACCCGGCAAACAAAGAGGUCCUUUUUUCAACGACAACAUUUUUCCUCCAUAUUCUAUAGUUAUGAGUCAUGUGGCCGUCGAAAAUGUCCACGGUCUAGAGCAGCAGCUCGCUGUCCUAGACUUAAAUGCAGCGGAUGGACAAGGCGGAGGCACUAACAGGCGAUACAUUCCUCCACAUUUACGGAACAAAGAUGCUUCUAAAAAUGCAGGAAAUGCCUUUGUUGCUGGUCGACAGGGUGGCUACACCAUUGCGCCUGCAGCAAACUAUGGUUGGGAUGGGGGGCGCAACAACUUUGUUAACGGCUACCAUGACAACCGCAUGAGUGGUGGGAGCUCAUUUAACCGUGGCCCACCUCGCAUGGAGCGGGGCCGAGGUGGUGUUGGAGGCAGUUACCGUGGCAACAAAGGCGGAGCUUUCAACCCCAUCAACCCAGCUCAGCCAAUGGGCUUUGCUGGCUAUGAAAACAAAGAUGCUGGUGGCUGGAACACUGCCAAAGAUGCCUAUAGCAAUUUUGGUAACAAUAGAGGAAAGUCUGCGUUCUUCAAUGACAGAGGCAAUGCUAAUAGAGGAAGGUUUGACCACGGUGGGUUUGGUGGCGGAGGAGGAGGAGGAAACAGUCGCUGGGUGGAGGAGUCCAGAGAUGAUGGCGAUUGGUCUAAACCAACGCCACGAAACGAACGCCUUGAACAUGAGUUGUUCUCUGGCAGUAACACUGGCAUUAACUUUGAGAAAUACGACGACAUUCCUGUCGAGGCCACGGGACAGAACUGUCCUCACCACAUCGAGAGCUUUCAAGACGUAGACCUUGGCGAGAUUGUCAUGGGAAACAUUGCUCUGAGUCGCUACACCAGACCGACCCCUGUCCAGAAAUAUGCUAUCCCUAUUGUCAAAUCAAAGCGAGACCUCAUGGCCUGUGCGCAGACAGGUUCUGGGAAGACUGCAGCGUUCCUGCUGCCGAUUCUUAGCCAGAUCUACACUGAAGGGCCAGGAGAAGCUCUCAACGCAGCUAAGGCAUCCGGACAGGAGAAUGGAAAGUAUGGGCGCCGUAAGCAGUACCCCAUCUCGCUGGUGCUGGCUCCAACUAGAGAACUGGCGCUGCAGAUAUACGAUGAGGCCAGAAAGUUUUCCUACCGGUCUAGAGUGCGUCCCUGUGUUGUGUAUGGAGGAGCAGACAUCGGCCAGCAGAUCAGAGAUCUGGAGAGAGGCUGCCAUCUGCUGGUGGCUACACCAGGAAGACUGGUGGACAUGAUGGAGAGGGGCAAGAUUGGACUGGACUACUGCAACUACCUGGUCCUGGAUGAGGCCGAUCGUAUGCUGGACAUGGGAUUUGAACCGCAGAUAAGACGCAUCGUCGAACAGGACACCAUGCCUCGCAAAGGCAUUCGACACACUAUGAUGUUCAGCGCGACUUUUCCUAAAGAGAUUCAGAUCCUGGCGAGGGAUUUCCUGGAGGAAUACAUCUUCCUGGCGGUGGGCAGAGUUGGUUCCACCUCGGAGAACAUCACUCAAAAAGUGGUGUGGGUGGAAGAAAGCGAUAAGAGGUCUUUCCUCCUGGACCUGCUCAGUGCUACAGGUAAAGACUCGUUGACUCUGGUUUUUGUGGAGACCAAGAAAGGUGCCGACGCCUUGGAGGACUUCCUGUAUCGAGAGGGCUAUGCCUGCACCAGCAUCCACGGGGACCGUUCCCAGAGAGAUCGAGAGGAGGCCCUGAACCAGUUCAGAUCAGGAAAAUGUCCCAUUCUGGUGGCCACAGCGGUAGCAGCUCGGGGUCUGGACAUCUCCAACGUGAAACAUGUUAUCAACUUCGACCUGCCCAGCGACAUAGAGGAGUAUGUCCACCGUAUCGGACGUACAGGGCGAGUUGGAAACCUUGGGCUGGCCACAUCGUUCUUCAAUGAUAAAAAUGGGAACAUCACAAAGGACCUGCUGGACAUCCUGGUCGAGGCCAAACAGGAAGUUCCCUCGUGGCUUGAGAGCCUGGCCUAUGAACACCAGCAUAAAAGCAGCAACAGAGGGCGCUCUAAGAGGUUCUCUGGUGGUUUUGGAGCACGUGAUUAUCGCCAGACGGCCGCGGGAGGCACUGCCGGAGGGUUUGGCGGACGUGGAAGUCGCAACCAGGCAGGGCACGGAGGAAGCCGUGGCUUUGGCGGAGGUGGUUUUGGCAACUUCUACACCAACGACGGCUACGGAGGCAACUACUCACACUCACAAGUUGACUGGUGGGGCAACUAGGUUCCUCCAUUCCUUCUUCACUCAUCUCCCUUUUCUUCUCACUCAUCCUUCUUCCUUUCUCCACAUUGUUGUCUGCACCCAACUCCCCUCCAAGAGCCCACAUGCAUGUUAUUAAACUAUUUAUACUCAUUUA